GAGCGACACGGGGAGCCCCCUGCCGUGGUGCAACUAAAGGACCUUAAAGUGGCGGAGCUGGGGGACUCCGAUGUCCACGUCAAGAUGUUGGCAGCUCCCAUCAAUCCCGCCGACAUCAAUAUGAUCCAAGGGACAUACGCCAUCCUCUCCCCGCUGCCGGCUGUGGGAGGCAAUGAAGGUGUCGGGGAGGUGCUGGAGGUCGGGCGUCGUGUGGCGGCUCUGAAACCCGGGGACUGGGUCAUCCCGGCCACCUCCGGACUCGGGACGUGGCGGACACAGGGGGUGUUCCCUGAGGAGAUGCUGCUGAAGGUGCCCAGUGACAUCCCGGUGCUGUGCGCUGCCACCCUGAGCGUCAACCCCUGCACAGCGUACCGCAUGCUGGCCGACUUCGAGACCCUGGCGCCAGGUGACUCCGUCAUCCAGAACGCCGCCAACAGCGGCGUGGGCCAGGCUGUCAUCCAGAUUGCCAAAGCCUCCGGCAUCAAGACCAUCAACGUGGUGAGGGACAGACCUGAUCUCCCAAAGCUGGUGGAGAGGCUGAUGGCCCUGGGUGCAGACCAUGUUGUCACAGAAGAGAUGCUGAGAAAGCCAGAAAUGAAAGAUAUAUUUAAGAGCAUCCCAAUGCCCCGGCUCGCCCUGAACUGCGUCGGAGGCAAAAGCACGACGGAGAUGCUGCGGCACCUGCAGCCCAAAGGCACCAUGGUCACCUAUGGCGGGAUGGCAAAGCAGCCUGUGAUGGUGCCUGUG